AUGCUACCUGGACGCGGGUGGGGCGCCGGCGGGGGGCUGCGCCCUGACGGGGCCGCCGCUGUGGCGGCCGCGGUCGACGGGAAGGCGGCCUUGCCGCCUCUCGCUCAGCCAGGUGGCGACCAGGCGGCAGCGGCGGGCCCCGUCCAGGCGCCUGCUCAGGCCAGCUCCAAGGAGAAGCAGUUCGCCUUGGAGAGCCGCGGCGGCCACCAGCAGGGCGGCUGGCUGGACCACGGUGCACGCAAGGUCGUGCGCAGCCGCAGCGACCGCAGCGCGUGCGUGCUCGCCGACGGGACAGGGCUGGCUGGCGGGCUGGAGGGCGCUCUCGAGGAUGUCGGCCGCGCAGACGACUCGAGGGUCCUUCCUGCCAAGCGCGACGGCCAGUGA